CUUGGCCAGCAGAGCUCCAACUGAACCGACCGAUCAUCACCACCUUUUGUCAUCAGACAUCCCCUCCGCAGCUAGACGGGAUACGUGCUCGGUCGAGAAUUCUCACGGUGAAACCCGCCUGCAGCUUCGAACAGACGACAAAUAUCUACUUCCCACCGAGCAGGCUCUCACAUAGACGCCGGACGCCGCCAUGACGACGAAAUACGCUCUUGUGUCGCUGCCCAUAACGGCGUUCGACACUGGCGACAAGGAGGAGGCCCUCAACAUUGUCAAGGGAAACCUUAGCGAUUGCGGUGCCGUGGUGCCCUUCAAGAUCCCCGACUUCAAGAUUGGCACUCUGGACGGUCUGGUUCAGCAGGCCGACGACCUCGCCAAGCUCGAGGCGAACUGCCAUGCGGUCGUGGCCAAGGUCAGCGAGUCGUUACGCACAGUGCUUGAAGAUAAUGGCGAUAGACUGGCAUCCUACAAGAUGGUUAACGAUAAGCCUACGGACCAUUACCUCGCCAACUUUAACUGGAAUAAGAUUCGAUACCGAUCCGACAAGCCCAUUGCUGAGCUGAUUGAUACUCUGCAAAAAGAAUUGGUCACGGUCGACAACGACGUCAAGACCAAGUUUAAUCAGUACAACACGGUCCGCACCAACCUCGCUGGCCUCCACCGCAAGCAAAUGGGCAACCUUUCUACCAAAUCCCUGGCUCCCAUUGUGGACCCAAAGCUCCUCGUCUCCGACUCCGAAUACCUCGAAACACAUCUUGUUGCCGUCCCCAAAAACUCUAAGAAAGAUUUUGUUUCCAAAUACGAAACGCUCUCGCAAAUGGUUGUGCCUCGCUCAUGUGUUGAGGUGGACCAAGAUGACGAAUUCACUCUGUUUGCCGUCACCACUUUCAAGAAGUUUAGCGCCGAGUUUCUGCAAAAGUGCCGCGACCAGAAGUGGACGCCACGUCAAUACAAGCAUGUUGAGGGCGGACGUGAAGAGGAGAAGAAGGAGUUGGAGCGUGUCACAGCUGAGGAGCGCAAGGUCUGCGGCGAAGCGCUGCGCAUGGGCCGCACAGGAUGGAGCGAGAGUGUCAUGGUCUGGAUGCACGUCUUGACUCUGCGUGUCUUUGUCGAGGCUGUACUGCGCUACGGUCUGCCUCUAGACUACGUAUCCAUGCUCGUCAAGACAAGUACCAAGGCUGUUGAAAAGGUCAAGACGACACUUGACACAAAAUUCUCCUUCCUGGGCGGCAACGCCUUUGGUCGCGACAAGCGCGGACGAGUCACCAAGGAUGAUGCGGCCUUUAGCUCCGAGAUGGCGGCUGCCGGGCUCUCAACGGGCGAGGGUAAUGAGUACACAGCAUACGUCUACUACACAUUUGAGUUCCCGUAAACAGCCCUCUUCCUCCAUCUAUUUUUGUACCUACCUCUACACAACGCACCCUACGAGCGGCAGCGGACGAAACGACAUAGACUUGAAGAAGGACCGGGGAGGCAUUGAAAUGAUUAUUCCUUUACGCUUUCCAUUUGUUGUAGUAGUAUCAUUAAAAAAUUCAACCUAGAAGAACCAACCAUGACAUGUAAACUUUUUUUCUAAUUUCUCGUCAUAUCAUUUACGCAGUCUUGAUGUAGCCCUUGUCGUUGAGGUACUUGACAAUCUGGACAACACACUCCUCGACCGAGUUCUCGUGCGUCUUGAUAGUGAUCUCCGGGUUCUCAGGAGCCUCGUAGGGCGCCGAGAUGCCAGUAAACUCCUUGAUCUCACCGGCUCUCGCCUUCUUGUAGAGACCCUUGGGGUCGCGCUGCUCAGCAACCUCGAGGGGCACAUCGACGUAGACCUCGAUGAAGGGCAGGGUCUGGUCCUCGCCCUGGGGGUUGGCGGCGUGCAGGGCACGGGCGGCGUCUCUGUCGGCGCGGUAGGGGGAGAUAAAGGAGGUGAUGGCAAUGGUGGCCGAGUCGGCAAAGAGCUUGGCGACCUCGGCGAUACGGCGGAUGUUUUCGUUGCGGUCCGCCUCGGAAAAGCCAAGGUCCUUGUUGAGGCCGAAGCGCACGUUGUCGCCGUCCAGGCGGUACGCCGACAGGCCGAGGUGCAGGAGGUGCUGCUCGAGGGCCGUGGCGACGGUGGACUUGCCAGAGGCAGAGAGGCCGGUCAGCCAGAGCGUGAGGCCGGGCUGCUUGCGCAGGGUGGUGCGCUCGGCGCGGGAGAGGGAUGGGUGCCAGGUGAUGUUG